AUGUUUGCGCAAUGCGAAGGCCCGGCAUGGCGAAUCGACGACAUAUCGAAUUGCGUGCAGAGAGACUAUCUUAAGGUGUUAUUCCCACUGUUGGCUGUCGCUAUAUCAUCUUUAGUGCUCAUUCUACAAGCCUUCCGCCGAAAUGCACAAUCAAGAAGCAGUAGCAAGUACAAGACACUCGUGAAUGGCGAACAUGCGGAAGCUCAACACAACGGACAUAGCAAUGGCCUUGACCACAGCGACGGCGACGGCACAUUCUCGCAAGAGGGGACCCAGGAUGACGAUGAGGUUUUAACCAUGGGUGGGGGUCGAUUGCAGCUGGCGAAAGCAACAACUCAAGUCUCGGUGGCCGAGCUCGAUAGUCCUAGAGGUCAAUAUGUGGUGCUCGUCUUCGAGCUUUUAGCGGUCCUUGCCGUCCUCUCCAUUAAUAUCACUGCCUUGGUUUUGCGUGCAUACGGCUCGAAGGGACUAGUGGCUACGGUUGCGGGAGUCAUUACCUGGUCGUAUAUACUGGUAUUGGCUAGCUUCAGGCUCCUACUAUCGAAUACAAAAUGGAGAAUCCCAAGAAUCUGGAAUCAUACCGCGGCUUUGUACACGGCCUUAUGGCUCUUUUCUAUUAUCAUAUUCCGCUCGGCCCUGAUUCACCCUCGGUCUGGCAUUGCACAGGCAUUGGUCAUUUCAGAAUUUUCUCUGGUAUCUCUACUUUUUGCCAUUGCGAUCACUACCAGGAAAGGGAACAAAGCUGUAGUGCUCGAGUGGGAGGAGCACAUCGAGCCUUCGAAGGAACCUUUAGCAAGCUUGUUUUCGAUUGCCACGUUCUCAUGGGUGGAUCCUAUCGUGUGGAAGGGUUACCAAAAGACUUUGGAGUUAACCGACGUGUGGAACCUACUGCCCAAGGACAAAGCUGCGGUAAUACUAGCUGAUUACCGUCAACUGAAGAAGAGCAGUGCUUUGACCUGGCAUCUUGCACGUUAUUUCAAGACAGACCUCAUCAUACAGUGCAGUUAUGCCGUAUUCUCCGGCCUUUUCACAUUUGCACCUACUUUGCUGUUGAAGGCUAUCCUGGAAUACAUUGAGGAUCCGGAAAGCACCCCUAGAAAUGUCAUCUGGCUCUACGUAAUUUUGCUAUCAUUCACUGAUAUCCUCCGUUCGCUAGCAGACCAACAAGCACUAUGGAUAGGUCGAAAAAUCAACAUUCGCCUACGUGCGAUCAUGGUUGGCGAAAUUUACGCCAAGUCGCUACGGCGAAAGGCUGCGUCUGGUAGUGACACAGUACUUGGUGACAAGAAAGACAAGGAAAACAACGCGCAGCCUGGAAUCUUGAAAAGAAUGUUAGGCAUUGGGGGCAAGAAGAAGGAUGAUGCUAAACAUCCCGACGCCGGCUCGGAUGUUGUGGAGGCCCCCCUCAAGGGAUCUGAUGAGCAAGUUAAUACCGGAACCAUCAUAAACCUUAUGUCUGUGGAUUCCUUUAAGGUUAGUGAGAUUACAGCAUAUCUUCACUUCCUGCUAGCAGCUGCACCAACGCAAUUGGCUGUCGCAAUUUACCUCCUCUAUCGUAUCUUGGGUUUAAGCAGUAUCCCCGGGUUGGUCGUGAUGAUGAUUCUUCUUCCCGUCAAUAUAGCUUUCGCUAGAGGGUUUGGGGCCUUUCAGAAAAAUAUCAUGGCUGCAACAGACAAGCGCAUCCAUAUUACUAACGAAGUCCUGCAAAAUAUUCGCAUCAUCAAGUUUUUUGCCUGGGAGCACCGCUUUAGCAACACCGUUAACGAGAAGCGAGCCGUUGAGCUGAAGGCAUUACGUUCCAAGUACAUUUUGUGGGCUUUCGCUGUAGCCGUUUGGAAUACGGUCCCUGUAGUAAUCACCUUCUUCUCUUUUCUCACAUAUACGAUAGUGGAGAAGAAGCCACUGUACCCUUCCAUUGCAUUUACUGCUAUUUCGUUAUUCAGCAUCCUUAGAGUUCCUCUUGAUCAGCUAGGAGAUAUGAUUGCUCAUGUGCUGGAAUCCAAGGUUUCGGUAGAUCGCGUGGAGGAAUUCUUGAACGAAGAGGAAACACAGAAAUACGAACAGCUCGAUCACGCCUCCUUAGACGAGGAUGGACAAUCUAUGAUCGGUUUCUCUGACGCAACCUUCUCAUGGGGAGGCAAAGAAUCGCCCAACGAAGAAAUUUCGGAUGCUUUCCGUCUUAUAAAGUUAAACAUCAAAUUCGAGGUGGGCCACUUGAAUAUUAUUGCUGGACCGACAGGCUCUGGUAAGACAAGUUUGCUGAUGGCGCUCAUGGGCGAAAUGACAUGCAUCGAGGGCAAAAUAUCCCUUCCUGGCGGUGGAAGAAGCCGCGAAGAUAUUUCCGCGGACCCUGAGACUGGGUUGACCGAGAGUGUCGCAUAUUGCGCCCAACAGGCUUGGCUAGUUAACGCGGAUAUCAAAGAGAACAUCCUCUUCGCUCAACCGAUGGACGAGAAAAGGUAUAGAGAAGUAGUUGUUGCAUGCGCCUUGGAACGCGAUUUGGAGAUUCUAGACGCUGGCGACAAGACGCUCGUCGGCGAAAAGGGUGUCACACUCUCUGGUGGCCAAAAACAACGCAUAUCUCUUGCACGAGCUUUGUAUUCUAACUCAAGACACCUUCUUCUCGAUGAUUGUUUAAGUGCGGUUGAUUCUCACACUGCUAAAUGGAUUUUCGACAACUGCAUUCGUGGACCACUUAUGCUUGGCCGCACUUGCAUAUUGGUCACGCACAACCUGGCUCUUUGCGUCCCACAAUCUCGAUAUGUUGUCUACCUUGACAACGGUAAGAUUGAGAUUCAAGGCCCUGCAGAGGAGGUUAUGGCUUCGGGAAAACUGGGUGAGGAUCUCAACAGAUCGCGUCCUACCUCGGCAGCUGCCUCGAGAAUUCCGUCGAGGGUCCCAUCUAGCGUUGGAGACGAAAGCGGCGAUACUCUUCUUGAGCCUGGAGAGGCAUCGAACAAGCUGAAGAAAUCAAAGAGUGCGCAGACCGAGGGUGGCAAAGACGCCAUGGAGGAGACAAAAGCUGAGGGUGGUGUAAAAUGGGAGGUUCUCGCCCUGUAUUUGAAGUCCAUGGGUCCCUGGUGGUUCUGGGUUCUUGCUGUCCUCGUCUUUGGCGUGCAGCAAAUUGGAAGUUUGGCGGCCAAUAUAUGGAUUAGACAAUGGGCUAACCAGUACAAUGUGGAAUCAGUCGUGUCGUAUCACAGUCUGUCUCCGAGCGGUUAUAUUGGAAACACGAUUGCAACUGUCAAGGCUACUUCGUCGAAGCUGUUGUUUCACGACUUAAAGUCCUAUUACGCGGCGUCAUCUUCGGUCAAUAAGCCUGAUGUUGACGUUGGAUACUAUCUCGCAAUAUACGCCAUGAUAGGGAUUGCAUGUAUGCUAGUGGCUCUGUUCAGGGACUUCUGGUUCUUCUUCGGCUCCCUCACGGCUAGUUGGCGGAUACACAAACGAUUGAUGCAAUCGGUUACGAGAGCAAAGUUCAAAUUCUUCGAUGCGACUCCCUUAGGUCAGCUCAUGAACCGUUUUAGUAAAGACAUCGAAGCUGUUGACCAAGAAGUCGCCCCGAUUGCUGUCGGGGUCAUGUCCUGUGCACUGGCCAUAAUCGUCACUGUUGCUCUGAUAACUGUCAUAACACCAGGCUUCCUCGUUGCUGCCGUCUUCAUUAGCUUCUUGUAUUUUGCGGUGGGCAAGUUCUACCUCCGUUCUUCAAGGGACCUCAAGAGACUUGAGUCAGUCCAGCGAAGCCCCCUAUUUCAGCAAUUUGGAGAAACACUUAAUGGAAUUACGACCAUCCGUGCUUAUGGUGAUGAGAGGCGCUUCAUACGCGACAACAUGGCAAGAAUAAACAACCACAGCCGCCCAUUCAUAUAUUUAUGGGCUGCAAAUAGGUGGCUUGCAUUUCGGAUUGAUGUCGUAGGAGAUCUAGUUGCGUUUUUUGCGGGUGCGUUCGUUGUAUUCAGCAUCGGGAAAAUUGAUGCUGGCUCCGCAGGCCUGUCCUUGAGUUACGCUAUCAGCUUCACCGAGAAUGUUUUGUGGCUGGUCCGUCUGUACUCCGUCAACGAGCAGAACAUGAACUCGGUGGAACGAAUCAAAGAAUAUCUGGAUGUGGAGCAGGAAGCAGAAUCGGUCAUCGAGAAAACGAGACCUGCAGCGAAUUGGCCCAGUCAAGGGUCAGUUGAAUUCAUCAAUUAUACCACCAGGUAUCGAGUCGAUCUAGAACCUGUUUUGCAAAACGUGACGUUCAAAAUCCAACCGCUUGAAAAGGUCGGUAUUGUGGGGAGAACUGGCGCUGGCAAGAGCUCUUUAGCUCUGGCUCUAUUCCGUGGUCUGGAGGCCGAAGAAGGCAAAAUUCUAAUUGACGACGUGGAUAUCGGCCUCAUAGGCCUCCAGGAUUUGAGAGAGUCUAUUACCAUUGUUCCGCAAGAUCCGACCCUCUUCACGGGUACGAUCAGGACGAAUCUAGACCCUUUCAAUUUGUUCACCGACGAGGAUAUUUUCACGGCUCUACGAAGAGUACAGCUUAUAGGUGCACCAACUUCUACAACCACACCAUCGACUCCGGUUACGACAACAUCUUCUGGCCUCACUCUUGGCCAAGCCCUGGACAUUCCGGCACCCAAAGAUUCAACAGGAGCAUCCACACCUAUAGCUAAUAAGAACAUUUUCCUCAACCUCUCAUCCACCGUCACCGAGUCAGGCAAUAACCUCUCCCAAGGCCAGCGACAACUACUAUGCCUUGCUCGAGCUCUUCUCAAACAGCCUCGUGUACUUAUGAUGGAUGAGGCAACGGCGUCUAUUGAUUACAAUACGGACUCCAAAAUCCAAGAAACAAUCCGGGAGCUGAACAGUACUAUAAUCACAAUUGCGCAUCGUUUGCAGACUAUCGUUGAUUAUGACAAGGUACUUGUACUUGACAAAGGAAAGGUUGUGGAAUAUGGACAUCCUUACGAAUUGCUGAAAAAGGACGGCUCAGACGCUAUCUUCAAAGGGAUGUGCGAGAUGAGUGGGGAUCUAGACACUCUUCAGAAAACAGCAAAGAAAGCAUGGGAAGCGGGAAGGCUGGUUGACGAUGAAUAG